AUGGGUACUUGGGCUUUCUACAAGACCCUGCACCUCGGCGAAAUCCAACCUGUCAAAAUCCUAGCCGCCCUGGAAUUGGGUUAUACAAGGGAAUAUGAAACUGAGGCGGUCAACAUUUGUCCUCAACUCGAGGCGCUUUCGGUCUACACAGGUUCUGUGGACAUGAAUAUCUCAGCUGAAAUGAGUCGCAUCUCAGCCGAAUUGAAAGAACGAGGACUCGAGGGGCUCAAUUUUUCGGAAUCCCAGAGCGGGGGCUCUGACGUGUUCAUUCGGUCACGAGCAGCAUCGAGAGCGGCCCCAGAUGUUCGCCCAACGUAUACCUUGUGUUUCAAGACCGGAAAUAUUGACGGACUAGUGUUCGAUGAAAUACCUCCGUACCUAUAG